AUGCAAGAUUCGCACCUGCAAAUAAAUAAUGGAGAACCUUUUCCAAGUAUAUACCAUUAUAAGAGGGCUAAAAUUAUUGCAAAUUACUUGGAACUAGCUUGUAUAGACUUCUCAAAUGUAUAUGAGAAAUCAAAAAAAUCUGACUCUGUUAUAAUGACUUAUUAUAGUAUUGUAAGUUGUUGGAAACUUUUGUGGUGUUUAUCAGUGAGUGAAAUUAUUGGCGAAUCUUUAAGAAAUAAGAUUGAGAUAUACACUACCAAGGAAAUUGAAGAGACGGAGAAAUAUAAAAUAAAAAAAUUGGAUAUUCCACUAAUGUCUGAAGGAAAUGUACCUCGAUAUGCAAUGGCCUACUCACCAGUCUUCAGGAUAGUUUUAUCCCUUUUAAGAUGGUUAAGAUGGGAAGCAAGAACUAAUCCUAGAAAACAAAUAUCAGAUGAUAUAAAUAGCCAGUAUUUUGGAGAUUAUGCAGAAUCUAGAAUAUAUCAUAAAGAGUAUAAAGGUGAAAAGAGAUUUUAUCAUCUUGAUUGGCCACUAUUAUUAAAUAAAGCUGAUAUAUCAAGAAAUGACUUUGAAAAUAUAGAAAGUAUAUUCAGAAUAAUAUUUCAACUUCUACGUAGAGGUUGUAGAAUAGAAGCUGAAAAAUUUAUAUAUGAAAAUGCAAAGUGUCAUUGGAUUAUGAGUUUGAUAGAUGGUGCUGACCCUUAUUUAUAUUGUACUGAUCCAAAUAAUGAUAUAUAUGUAGAUUUAGCAGAUUUUAUAAGUAUUUUACCAAAAAUAGAUGAUAUUGGAUCUAGUAAUUAUAAAUUUGAAUUAUAUGGUUCUGAGGUUUUAGAAGGUUUAAAUAAUGCUGAAACUGGACAUUUAAUUAGAGAGAGCUUGGAAUUUGUUGAUGGUAUUGAAAAAUGUCUAGUAUUCCCAAGUACAAAUGGCAGAUCUGAAAAUAUUAUUGCUGAAGGAAAUAUUUGGAGACAAGAUCUAUUUAAGAUUUUAAGAUAUAUAUUAAAUGAGCCUGAAGAUGCAUAUGAACCAACAUAUAAUAUAAAACCUACAUCCCAAAUUGGUCCUUGGGAAAAGGCUGUAUAUGGAUAUUUAUCUGGAGAUUUUAAUUCUUUAGUAAAUAUUUCUAAGGAUAAAAUGGAUAAGUUAUUUGCAUUAUUUCAAACUGAAAAAUUGAAUAUAUGUAAUAAAUGGAUAGAUUAUAUGGAAACUAAAACUCAGGGUAGACAUGGAAAUUUAUUUAUUGGUAAGACAUAUCCAUUAGAUAUUUAUGAGAAAGCAUUUCGUGAAGAAAUAUAUAAAGAAGUUAUUACUGGUGAACGAAAAUCGCAAGAUUCCCAAGAAAUAGCGAACUUUGAAGAUUUGGAAAAUAGACAACUUGACUUAAAAUCAAAUAAAGUUAAUUUUAAUGAAUUUAUAGAUGAUGGUUAUAGUUACUCUGAUUUUAGUAAUGAGGAUGAAUAUAAUAUCUUACAAUCUAUAUUAACACACUCAGAAAAUCAAGAAAAUAAUAUAAUACAUACAUCAUAUAAUGAGGGCCCUAAUAUUCAAGGAUAUCUUGAAGAUAUUUCAAAUUCUGAGAAACAAAUUAUAGAUGCACUAGUAGAUUCAUUAAUAUCUAUUGAAUACCAUGGGAUCUCAGAAUCUGAGGAAUUAUUUUAUAAAUUAUUUAUAUCCAUUACAUGUACAGCUCUAAAUCCACAUGAAUAUGAAAAUCAGAUCUUUAAUAUUCUAGAAGAUAUGAUUAAAUUUGUUUCAUCUACUACUGAUAUUGAUUCAAUUCCUGCAAUAAGGGCAUUUUUGGCUCAUUUGAUUGUAGCUCAUAUUGAAGUAAUUGAAAAUUCCUCAAAACUUCAAAAUGAGGAAUUUUAUUUUGUUUCUUUUAUCAAAGAUAAAUCUAAUGAUUAUUCAACAAAUAUAUCAGUAUCUCCUUUAAUAUAUUAUCCAUUUGUUUCCAUAAGCCCUCAUUUUGCUGAUAUUCUUAUAUCUCAGUAUAUCGAUUAUAUUAUAUCAAGUAAGAUUGAAGCUUUGGGUAUAGCAUUAUUACUUUUAGAAUAUACUUCAAAGGAAUGUAGAAUUGUUUACAUAACUAAAGUACUAAAUAUGCAAAAAAUUGGUGUAAAUACUUCAUUUUUACAAAGAAUUAUUCAUAGUCUUGUAAAUAAAUUCCCAGUUGAUAUUAUUAUUGCAUCUUUAAAUAUGUCUGAUAAUAUAUAUCAAGAAAUUAAUGAUUUAGAUCAUUACAACCUUAAUGAAUUAGAAAAUUUCAUUACUAGUAUAGAAUUUAUUAUUUUAUUAUAUGGUACUUUAUAUCAAUUCCUAAUUGUUCGUCAGGAUUACAUACCUGAAUUUGGUAAUAUUUAUGAAAUUAUUCUCUCGUUAUUACAAGAAUAUGAAUUUAGUGAAUACUAUUCCUCACAAGAUAAAUUAAUAAAUCCAGCUUUAUACUCUUUAUCUACAGUUAUGGAAGUAAUGUUAGGAGUUUUUUUCCUUUCAAAAAUUAAUCCUCUAUGUCUUAUACUUGAAAGUUUGGAAAUUAAGAAAGAUAAAUUAGGUUUCAAUAUUAGUGAUAACUUCCUAUUUCUAAAACAUUCUACUUCAUGUUUAAAUGAUUUUCUUAUUCCUAUUCUAGUUGAACCAAUUAUGAUUAGAUUAACAACAAUUAUCCAAACAAAUAUUGAUCAAAUUAAACCGGAAUAUGUGAAAUUUCAUUUGUCAAAUUCACUAAUGCAGAAAUCUUUAUCAAGUGUUAAAUGGGAAGAAUUUCUAGUUAAUUUAGUAACUUUAAAUACAAAAAUAUAUAUUGAUGAUAUAUGUAUUGAUAUUUCUCCUUUAAGACUUUUAUGGUCUCAUAUUACUUAUCUUGAAGCAGUUGAACGUCUCUAUAAAUAUCAGAAGUCACUUGAUGAUCUCCAUAUUUUUGUUAUUAGAUAUGAUCAACAAAAUAUUGAAAAUUCUCUUCGUGAUGAUAUUAAUGGAAAUCAAAAUAUAAAUUCACUACAAACUCCAUAUAUAUAUAAAAGUGGAAAUAAUGUUGACUUAUCACCAUACACAAGUAAUUUUAGGAGAAAUUCAAUUACUAAAAUAUUAGAAAAGUCUGACAAAAAGUUAGAAAGUAUACUUUCUAAUUUUUUGGAAAAUAAAGACUUAUUUAUAUUUUUUAUUAAAAAUUGGUUCUCUUGUUUAUCUCAACAUUACCAUAUGAAUAUGUUAGUUAUUUCAGAAUAUUUUCCUUUUGAAACUAAUCUUGGCAAUUACAAAUAUUUUACGAUAUUACAAAGUGAGUAUUACAGAUAUAAGAGUUUACUCUUUAAAUGUCGUUCUUUAAUAUUACAAACAUUUCUAGAUCAUUGUAUUCUUGUAAUAACUUAUCAUCAUGAGACUGAAGUUCUCAUGAAAUCUCUCAAACUAAACUGUAAUAAUGAAGAUAUUUAUAAUAUUUCUAACUUAUUAUUAAAAGAUAUUAUUCAAUGCUGUAUAUCUAGUAAUUGGAUUAUUUAUCAGCUAUCACAAUUAAAAUAA